AUGCCCAAUCAAGCACAAGAGGAUGCUGUGAUAAACAUCAAGACAGUGCAGGAGAUUUCCCAGGAACUUGGCUUUGAGUGGGCAGUUCUGGCUUACGAACUCGGCUUCAACAGAGCUGAAACCAGUCAGUUCCACAUCAAAUCUACAGAGAAGAAGGUUCAGGCCAGGACCAUGUUGGAGUGCUGGUACGAGAGAUCAUGGGAUAAGCCCAAUAAGACCAAGUUGCUGCAGGAUGCUCUGGAGCGUGCAGGCCAGUGUGACCUGGCUGAGAGACUGCACUGCCUCCACUGGGGACACCAGAAACUGAGCCAUCAGGUCGAGCUGCCCUCUGCCUUUCCCUUCCUCAUCACCGUCCACAAGACCAUCCGCAACCCCGAGGGCUUACGGAAGAUAAACAACCUCAAAUGUAGAUACACCUGA